UAUAUUUUUUAUUGUGUUUUGUAGUUACGCACGGCAACUGUGUACGGAAAUAUAAUAUUAAUAGAUAAAUUACCACCACCGUAAAUUUAUAGGACUAGUUAAAUAUGCAUUUAUCAUUUGAAAAUUUGCGUUUUAUCAUAAAAUAAAACAUCGCGCUUUCAAAUAUUUGUUUAAAUACCAGUUCUGUUUACUUAUGUCCUAAUCAAACAGUAUUAAAUGAAGAUGUCACUUGGUAUGACAAAACGAUGGUACCGCUCAAGAAGAAAUCAAAUUAUCAUUGUGGGCCUCUUGAUAUUUUCCAUCCUCUACUACAUAUCCUUGAAUAGUACUUAUCGGGAGCCGAAUUUGGAUGUAACGAGAAGAGCAAGUGUUAUUGAGUAUAUAGAGAAGCGUUUAGAGCUGGCUCUGAAGCAAGACAAGGGGUCAGGAUGCGAGAUACCAAAACUGGACCCCUUUUCGAAAGAGGUGGUCCAGUUCGACAAGGAAAUGCCCACAGUCGUGUGCCCCGGGAAAGACUGGGUUAGGUGUUAUCAUUCAUUGUGCCGGGUGGUACCAGAAAUUUUAAACAAUACCAAAGAUAUAGUAUGCUCAUACAGUGAUAUAUUGUACAAGAACGACUCCAAAUAUACUAUUGGACCGCCCGUCGACAUAUACGGGGCGGGAGCUUAUAAAUUGUAUAAUAGCGACCACGUCAAAGUUAAAUGUUCAGGAAAACAUAUAGACAGUGUUCUGCCAUCAAAAUGGAUAGGGCAUACUCUUGGUUUCCGUGCAUCAGUCCAUCCAACUGCUGUUAAACCUGCUGAACCCAUAAACGUGCUGAUAAUAGGGUUCGACUCAACGUCGAAGAACGGGUUCAUACGACGAAUGCCCAAGAGUUAUAAAGUGCUAACGGAAAAGUUGGGUGCUACUGUAUUAAACGGCUACAAUAUAGUAGGGGACGGAACUCCGGCUGCCUUGUUUCCCAUACUGACGGGACAGACAGAAUUGGAGUUACCAGACGUAAGAAAACGAAUGACGAACAAUGGGACUUUAAAUUCUACAGUGUUUAUAUUUGACAAAUUAAAAGAAUACGGCUACCGCACCGCCUAUUUUGAAGACAUGCCCUGGAUAGGCACGUUCCAGUACCGUUUCAACGGCUUCAGUCGCCAGCCGGCGGACCACUACUUGCGGGCGUUCUAUCUUGAAGAAUCUGCCAACGGCAAGAAAUGGCACAACAAGAAAACCAGAUACUGCGUGGGCGACAGACCACAGUAUAAACUUAUGCUGAACAUUACCGACCAAUUCCUCAAUCUCGACGGCAACAGGUUCUGCUUCACCUUCAUAGCAGACAUAACGCACGAUGACUUCAAUAUGAUAUCCACGGCCGACGACGACUUCGCCCAGUUCCUUUUGGACUUCCGCAGGCAAUCCCGACACGAGAACACUCUACUGUUCGUGAUGGGAGACCACGGGCCAAGAUACGCCAAUGUACGGGACACUCUUCAAGGCAAACUAGAAGAGCGUCUGCCCCUAAUGGCGAUCCGGUUGCCCAACGCGCUGGUCCGUCACUACCCGCACGUGUUGGACAACUUGCAGAGGAACGCAGAAGUGUUGACCACCCCGCACGACAUAUACGCCACUGUGUUGGACGCGUUGGACCUCAGGCAGUUCUGGAACGAGUACAAAGUUCGGGGUGCUGAUAUGACCAGAGCGAUGACUCUGCUCGAACCGAUACCCAAGAACAGGUCGUGCAGCGAGGCGGGUAUUGAGCCCCACUGGUGCUCUUGUUUGUCGUGGGAGAACGUGUCCGACUGCGACCCGAUGUACUCGAGGUGCGCCAACGCGCUUGUCGACUACAUCAACUCCUUAACUCAAACUGUUAGGUCGAAGUGUGCGUUGCGCACGCUGGCGUCAGUGACGUGGGUUCAACGACAGCGCGCAAACAGCGGCGUGCUGACGUUCAUCGAAGCGAAAGACGCGGACGGGUACGUCGGCAAGUUCGGCCGGAAGGUGCAACCGCUCACCGAGAACUACCAAGUCAAAUUGGUCGUGGGCCCCGGGCGGGGGUUUUACGAAGCAUCUCUGACGUAUGUAGCCAAAGAAGACCGAUUCCUAAUAGACUCGAGGGAUAUUUCAAGGACUAACGCUUACAACAACGAGCCGCACUGUAUCAGCUCAUCGCUGCCAUCUUUAAACAUGUAUUGUUACUGCAACGACUGAACCGAGAUACUCAGCCUAACGUUAUACAAACGAACAUCAAUGAGCUCCGAUCAAUAAUAUACUAUUAACUUAAACCUAUUUUUAAUCCUCGUCGCA